GUUUCUUUUCUUUUUUUUAGUCAACAUGUCAACGAAUUCAGUUUUACUUUUCCUGGCCAUGUUGUUGUUAAUGUUAAUGUCGUUGGACUUGGACUUGGUGACAUCACAGCGCACCUCACUGGAUGUGGCUUUAAGGAAUGCCUAUCGACCACUUCGUCUCCUGGGUUUGGCCUUCAGCGGACGUUCUGGUGACGAUCCACAAAACGUGCAGCGUGUACGUAAUGCAGGGAAAACACAAAAAUCGAAUCCCCGCACUCGUGCUUUACUACAAUUCUGUGAUGCCGAACAUGGACCAGGACGACGCAGUGCAGAACGUCCAAAAAGUGUUCAUCGUUUGCGUCCUGGCGAUAUUGAUGUGAUUGGAGCCAUGGGUGACUCCUUGACAGCUGGCAAUGGCAUCUUUGCCACAAAUCUUCUGCAUGUAACUGUUGAGAAUCGUGGUGUGGUUUGGUCCAUUGGCGGACAAUACAAUUGGCGAAAAUACCUCACAUUGCCCAAUAUUCUAAAGGAAUUCAAUCCGAAAUUAUAUGGCUAUGCCGUUAAGGAUGGUCUCUCUACAGAUCGUACUUCACGUUUCGAUGUCGCCGAAUUGGCUGCAAUGUCUCGGGAUAUGCCAUAUAUGGCCACUGUCUUGGUUAAACGCAUGCAACGCGAUCCAAAUGUGAAUAUGACACGAGAUUGGAAACUGAUAACUCUAUUCAUUGGCAAUAAUGAUUUCUGUACGGAUAUAUGCUAUUAUCCGAACCCAGAAUUAACUGUUAAAUGGCAUGAACAGAAUAUGCUAAAGACCUAUCGUUAUCUUAGGGAUAAUGUGCCACGUCUAAUGCUGAAUAUUGUGCCAGCGCCAAAUUUACGAUUUCUAACAAAUCUGACGGGUCUGCCGCCGGUUUGUUAUAGCACUUUACGUUUCGAAUGUCCCUGCCUGCUGGCGAAGCCCAAAGAGCAUUUGGAUUACAUGGAAGGCAUUAUGAAACGUUGGAUAGCCAAGGACUAUGAAAUUGCCAAUCGUGAGGAGUUCAAUACGGAGACUUUCACUAUCAAUGUCCAGCCAUUCUCGCAAUUUCAUGAUUUCCCUCGCACACGUUCGGGACAAACGGAUACCCGUUUCUUUUCUGAGGAUUGCUUUCAUCUCAGUCAGCGUGGUCAUGCCGCUGCUGCCAAUUCCGUGUGGAAUAAUAUGCUCGAAAUGCCCGAUGAGAAGAGUGGUUUUAGCACACAACUUUUUGAAAAAUUCCAUUGCCCCAGCGAGAAGCGUCCGUAUCUCAUAACCAGAGAGAAUAGUCGCUCUGACUUUGUGAUCUAGUCUGUAGAUAUAAGUAUAUACAUUUCUCCGUCCAAACUCAAAUAUCUUCCCUGUGAUACUUAAGUAAGUCUUCCUAUAUACAAAUAUACUAUACAUAACAUAUAUUAGGUUUCCAUGUGUAUACAUAUAUACGAAAAUUAGCGCCAUGUUAGAUCUAAGUAAAUAUUCUAAAAAAAAAUUGCACAUCUUGGCAAAUGAAUUAUACAAAUAAA